AUGCAAAUGGUGCCACGUGUCUUUUUAUGGCGUCACGUGUCUUCUUCUUUCAAACUCUCCCUGACCACGUAUACGUCAUCCCUUGGCUUUGAUUUUCUUUUCCGACCACCUUUACAUUUUGGACUGAUUGACCCAGUUUGUUUCUUCACCUUCAUGACUCGACAGAUAGUCAAAAGGUUGACACCAACAAUAUCCGUGAUCUCUCUAGCAAAUCUUACCUCCGUUAUAUCUAUCUAUCUGACCGUUCAUAUCUAUCUAUCUAUCUAUCUAUCUAUCUAUCUAUCUAUCUAUCUAUCUGGCCGUCCAUAUCUAUCUAUCUAUCUAUCUAUCUAUCUAUCUAUCUAUCUAUCUGAUCGUUCAUAUCUAUCUAUCUAUCUAUCUAUCUAUCUAUCUAUCUAUCUAUCUAUCACAAUCUUUUCGUAUCUAUCUAUCUAUCUAUCUAUCUAUCUAUCUAUCUAUCUAUCUGACCGUUUAUAUCUAUCUAUCUGA